CCAAUGAAGGUAUUUUAAAUUCUUUCAUAAGAUGUGUCUAUAGCAUAAAUGAUUUAUGGUGAUGUUUCAUGUUUGUCAUGUCAUGUUUCAUAUGUAGAAUUAACUGCUCCAAAUCUUAAUGAUGGAAUACGAGACAAGAGGAAUGGAAGGGGUAUCACUAGAAAGGAGAACAUAUUUUCAAGGACUCCUGAUAUGCCUAAACUCAAAAUUGAACUCAAUGACUAUGGUCAGCCUGUUGGAGAGAAUUCUAAGCAGUUUGCUAGUGUCAUUGGGUGUCAGGUGAGGAAGAAGCUACCACUCCGAUGUGAUGAUUGGAGGCUUGUUGAUCCAGAAAAGAAGUAUGAACUAUGGACUGACUUGCAGACAUUUUAUGAUCUGGAUGAUUCCGCCUUCAAUUGGGUUAUUGCUACAGCAUCAAGAAAAUGGAAGGAGUACAAGUCAACCUUAAAGGAGUUGUAUUUCGAUCCUACAUUAACUGAUGAUGAAUUACUAAGUAGGCGUGAUACAAGAGUCAACGAUGAUGAUUGGAAAUAUCUCAUUGACUAUUGGAGGUCUCCUGAACAUGAAGCUCGCACAUUAAUUGCUAAAGCCAAUCGUGCAAAGUUGAAGCUGACACAUACGUCGGGCAGCAAGAGCUAUGCUCGUUCUGGACAUGAACUGAGUGGUACACUAGGGCGCCCUCCUCAAAGAGACGAGGUCUUUAUCAAAACACAUACACACAAAAAUGGUGUUCCUUCAAGCCAGGCAGCACCAAUAAUUGUAAGUUUUUGGUACCAAAUAAUUGUAUUGUGCAAUAAUACUUGCUGA